AUUUUGUCAAUCCGGAAAAACCGAUAGUCCGUUACAUGCAGUCAGUCCCUUGAACUCAUGUCAACCAUCUCAUCUUCACCUUGGACUAUGCAGCCCAGCUCCGGACGACCCCAGUUUUACGAUCUCUUCCGCCAGGAAGGCCUUCUUGUUCACCCAUUGCUAUGGACCUCUCGGCUUCUAGAUAUACUAGGAUGCCAAUUUCAAGACGCUACUACCUUGCCGACAGCUUGCUGUCCAGAUGACGACUGUGUUGGCCUAUAUUGUGCUGAAAGGGCUAAUAUUGCGGCGAAGGCUCUCUGUCCAAGCGUUCUUGACAUGCGAGUUAGAACGGAUGCUUGAUUGUUAAGACUAUACCUACAUUACCUUAGGAUAGUACUAGUUAGGGAACAACAUCCGGGUAGUUUAUUCAUUCUUUUUCCUUCUGCCUCGCUCUCUUCUCCCGCUUUUGACGUUGUAUUUGAUUCACCUCGUACUUACUAGUGUGUGGGUGGGGGAGGGGUAAAAGAAACGAACCGGACCUUUAUCAAGUGUAGUUAGGAACCGGAUGGAAGGAUGAAUUCAAGAUGCGGGAGGGCCAGAGAAUCUUCCUGGUCGGGCAGCGAUGAGGGACGACGUCCGGUCGUUUGGAUCUCCUCCCCACUUUCAUAGUCUUACGAAGACUACCGAGGAAUCCAGGGUGGUUGGGACGGGAAUCAGCGGUCAUCGUUUCUUGGGGAAAGGGGGGGAGGGUGUAGUAG